CUGAUUUUUAUAAUAAGAUUUCAAUGUUAAAGCCCAAAUAAAAUCCAUUGGGCAAGAGAAAUCGAAGCCCAAUAAAAAACAUGUUAAUAACCCAUGCAAGUUUCGAACCUGCGACUUUCGCGUUAUUACCACGACACUCUAACCGCUAAUAAGCCAUCAAUUUUUAUAUAAGUAGCUAUAUUAUUUAAUUUAAAAAAUGGCUGAUGUCGGGCUGACAUUGUCGGGCUGAUGGGAGACUAAUGGUGAUGUGACAGAAGUAACAAAGAAUGAACAAGGUAAGCGAAGUUGCAGGCUUUGGAGUUGGCACUUUGUUAGUAUGUGCUACAAUUGCUGCCCCCAAAGUUGAUGCUUUCAUUUCUGCAUCAGGAAAUUAUCAGAUGCCUAGAUUGGACUGCACGAAAAAGUUGCAUAAUACUAGCAAUUCUAUGGGCUUGUGCAAGAGAUGCGGUGAUCUAAGGAUGAUAGCAUGCUCAAGAUGCAGAGGAACUGGAUUAACCAAAGAAAAUGGACCAUUCAGUUUUAGUGCUGAAUUGAAGGUAAAAUCUAUUGGAUGUACAAAAUGUCAAUCUAGAGGUCACUUCAGCUGUCCUGAUUGCUCUAAUAUACCUAAAGUUUGAUUCUCAAUCAUGCUAUUGAAGACAUAUCUUCUCUUAUGCUCAUGCUUAAUAUAUGAUCAUGAGCUGUCUUUCUGUAGCCAUUUUAAAACCUUUUGUCUUAAUACACUGGAUUUUGUAAAUACUCUUGUAGAUGGAGAUUUCUAUUUAUACUUAUUUCAUUUAUCAGUGUCAAUGUUAUAAUGGAUGUGUUAUAAAUCCUGUCUCUUCCCACCAUUGUACUUAAAACCUUUUUGCCUGAAUGCGCUGGAUUUGAUUAUUGCACUUAUCGUUGUAGAUUUGUGAGAGUGGCUUCUGUUUAUAUGUGUUUCGUUAUCCAUCCCAAAGUUAUAAUGGAUGUCCUAUGAAUCCUGGUU